AUGACGAGCUUGUGUUGCCUUGACUUUGCACCACUUGGCACCACAGCAUUAGAAUGGUCAGUGAUACUAAAAUUGGCGUUUCAAAGCGUAGGAGUGGUGUAUGGAGAUAUUGGAACAUCACCAUUAUUCGUGUUUUCAACCAUUUUUUCAGAUGAUAUAAAAGUAGAAGAAGAUAUACUGGGUGCAUUAUCUCUCAUAUUUUACUCUAUCACCUUGAUUCCUCUCAUCAAAUAUAUAUUCAUUGUUCUCCAAGCUAAUGACAAGGGAGAUGGAGGAACCUUUGCAAUAUAUUCAUUGAUAUGUCGAUAUGCAAAGGUGGAAUUAAUUCCAAGUCAACAAGCAGAAGACAAAGAUGUGUCAACUCUCCAACUUGAUUCGACAGAUAGACGCACACGUCGAGCUUUAAAACUCAAAUCCAUGUCAGAAAACAGCAAUUUUGCAAAGUUUUUAAUUCUAAUUACCACAAUGCUUUGUACUUCCAUGGUUAUUGGGGAUGGAGUCCUCACUCCCUGCAUUUCAGUUGUGUCUGCCUUUGAUGGAAUCAAACUAGCAGCUCCCUCGGUCAUGACCGAAGGAGUACGUGUUUGGAUUUCAAUAGCUAUCUUGACAUUGUUGUUUAUGGUUCAAAGAUUUGGAACUGAUAAAGUUGGCAGUUCUUUUGCUUAUGUACUUUGUGUGUGGUUCAAUUCUAUUGCUGGUAUUGGCAUUUACAACAUCGCCAAGUAUGAUCCAACUGUUUUCAAAGCUCUUAAUCCCAAGUACAUCAUAGAAUACUUCAAGAGAAACAAAAAGAAUGCUUGGAUUUCUAUUGGCGGAGUUGUUAUGUGCAUAACAGGAGCUGAAGCACUAUUUGCAGAUGUUGGUCAUUUUAGCAUUCUAUCCGUACAAAUAAGUAUGUGUUUUGUGACAUACCCAGCGCUCAUAGUAGCAUAUCUCGGUCAGGGUGCCUUUUUAAGAAACCACAUUGAUGAUGUUGCUGAUACUUUCUACAAGUCCAUACCUCAUAAUUUAUAUUGGCCAGUAUUUGUUAUGGCAGUGUUAGUGAACAUCAUUUCAAGCCAAGACUUGAUUUCUGGGACUUUCACGAUAAAUCAACAAUCUCUGGCGUUAGGAUGCUUCCCUCGUGUUAAAAUUUUGCAUAUGUCAACCAAACAUCAUGGACAAAUCUACAUUUCUAAAAUCAAUAACCUUCUCAUGUUGGCUUGUGUACUCAUCACUUUUGGAUUCAGGACUACUGAAAAACUUAGCAACGCGUAUGGAAUAGCUGUGAUGUUUGUGAUGGUACUGACAACGUGCUUCCUCGUGCUGGUUAUGAUCAUGAUUUGGAAAACUAACAUUUUUUUGGUAAUCGUUUAUGAUCUAAUCAUUGGCACGGUUGAGCUUGUGUUCCUAAGCGCGGCCCUUUACAAGUUCAAUGAAGGUGGCUACGUGUCACUGGUUUUUGCCGCGUUCCUGAUGUUUAUCAUGUACGUAUGGAAUUAUGUUUAA